AUGAUGUAUUCCCCUCCACGCACCGACCCUGACAGAGAGGAAGAGCAGUGCUUCGCAAUCGGAACUAAUCUGCUUGCUUCACUAGACCAUACCAUGAAUUUUGAUGAGCCUAUCGUCUUUCCAGUGAAAAAUGUAGGCAUGCAAGAGGGGGUUCAGCUCUACAAUUCUACUGGAGAUGCUCAACUAAGUAGAAAUAUGAACACAGGGAAGUGUUUGAAGGAUGGCAAGAGGAAGGGUUCUGGAGAGGACAGUUCAUCACUACAUUCUGUAGAUGAAGCGAGUGCAUUGUUGCAGCGAGAGGUCAGCAUGGAGUGUGCUGAUGAGAAGGCGGGUGAUGCUGGAGCCAAGAGAGAGGACUACGUGCAUGUCCGGGCAAAGCGCGGCCAAGCCACCAACAGCCACAGCCUUGCAGAAAGAUUUCGAAGGGAAAAGAUAAAUGAAAGGAUGAAGCUUCUUCAAGACCUUGUCCCGGGUUGCAACAAGAUUACAGGCAAGGCCAUGAUGCUUGAUGAGAUCAUAAACUAUGUGCAAUCUCUGCAGCGGCAGGUUGAGUUCCUUUCGAUGAAGCUCUCAGCGAUCAGCCCAGAGCUCAACUGUGACCUCGACCUGCAAGAUAUCCUUUGCACACAAGAUGCCAGCUCUGCUUUUCCAGGAUACAACCUGCAAGCGAGCAAUGUGCAUCUUAAUCUGUACAGAGCAUCUGAAGAAGGUUUCUCACACAGGAUCAUCCCUAAUCCAGCAAAUGUUCAUGUGACAAGAAACGCCCAGUUAUCUGCAUUUCCUCAGAGAGGAGUUAUCUGGAACGAGGAACUUCGCAGCACUGCUCCAAAUGCUUUCGCUUCAGAUACCAUUGCUGCCGUGCUCAAUUUUGUGAGAUUUCUCAAGAUCCAUUUUCACAUUGCAGACUCAAUGAAAGUGGAGUGA